UGAGUGAUGAAGACUCCGAUGCCGUCGUCAAUUGGCAACUCUUCCGCCGUCGAAAUCGAGUCACACCUAACCCACACACCCACGCAUUCUCGGCAACCCAUCUCCAUCGUUCUCCUGGUGGGUUUCCAAUUGGUAGCAAAAGUUGAAAGGAGGAAAGAUGGACAUAAUCUCCCAAUUACAAGAGCAAGUAGACACAAUCGCUUCUCUCGCAUUCAACACGUUCGGAACGCUGCAGAGAGAUGCUCCCCCGGUGCGCCUGUCGUCCAAUUACCCCGAGCCACCGCUGCCGCCGGCCAACCCUGCGGAGGAUAUGGCGGAGCAGUCUAAGCAAAUGAGCGUGGCUCUCGUCAAGGCUGCUAGGCGGUUUGAUGCUCUGGUGACUGCACUUCCAUUGUCAGAGGGUGGUGAAGAAGCUCAAUUGAAAAGGAUUGCUGAACUCCAGGCUGAGAAUGAUGCUGUAGGCCAAGAACUCCAGAAGCAACUGGAAGCGGCUGAGAAAGAGCUGAAACAGGUGGUUGAGCUGUUUGCUCAGGCGACAGACAACUGCCUUAACUUGAAGAAACCAGAUUAGCGAAAUGUUGAGCCCACGAAUGAGGGAAUUCGUUUGUUUGGUUAGAAAAGGUUAUGCUCUUGAGUUAGCAAUUGGGUUGCGGACUCGCUGUACAGUUUAGCAAACGGCAUGGGAGGUUGGUUUCAGAACCUCGUUCCAAAAAAUUUGUCUCAAGUCUCGGAUUUCUUCGCUGGUAUCCAAUCAUCCAUGUCUAAUAUAAGUUCUAAGGCAUGUUUGUGGUUGUAGUAGUAGUAGUACAUGUAAUCUUCAAGCAAACAGCAGCUGGUCAGAUGAAGGCAGAAUCUAACCCAGAUGUGCGUGCUUCUUCUGCUGCGGCUACUAUCUUCACUAGAAUUUAGUGGUAUGAGUAUUAACUAUUAACCCAUGCCCUUUGUACUCCUUGAUGCUAGUUAGUGUCAAUUCUGGUCCAGGUAUCAAUGUACUGAUUGAAUUGUUCGUAAGCAAUGUUGCAGCUUGCGUAUUGGAUUGGAUGACGAAGAUAACACAAGUUACGACACAACGUAUCAGUCACUUGCUUUCACACCACGCUCAACACCAUAGCUGAACCUCGUUGAAUCAGUUCAAUCAUCAAUGUCGAAGGUGUGCAAAACAAUGAUGGCAGUACUAGAAAUCUCCUUCAACAUUUUGCCUGUGAGAUCAAGAAUAAGUAAAUUACUAACGUUCAAGUACCUGCACGAGGCAGCAACUAGAUUCCUUCCAACAUCCAAGUAUGAAUGGAAGAAAAACACUGUAAAAAAUUGUGUACAUCUUGUAAAAUAAGUCAGAACUCACCACUAAAGUUUGAAAAAAGUGGCGGAAAAAGCUCAACUUCCAACGGUGUCGUUUAAUCGUUGAACCUUGGAUUCCUGAUGAACGAGAAGUGAAGCUUCGAGAAAGGUAACAAGAAAAGAAAAUCCCGCACCGCCCACUCACAGACGCACACGUGACCCUCUCCCACCCUUCUUUCUCGCUCCUUCUUAUUCUCUCCCUCUCUCUCUUUCUGCUCUUUUCCUCUCUUUUUUUCCCCCAAAAUUUCAUUUCCAUUUCCCCUUUUUCUCUUCUCGAACCCACCAAUUCUGCGCUCUCUCUCUCUCUUUCCCCACCUUAUCAUUUACUCCACCCCGAAACUUCUAGAAACAACAAAACAAACGCGACCCUCUCUCCUUCCUUCCUUUCUCUCUGUCUGAAAUUUGGCAAGUGAUUCAUCACCUUGUCUAUCCUUUCCCCCAACUGUUGCUUCUUCUUCUGGUUUCGAUCUCCUCUUCCUGUUUGGUCGCCGAGAAAAUUCCAUGGUCAAUUUGUUAUUGCCGCACCAGCAAGGCUCCUCCUCUUUCUGCCUAUUAAACGCAGCUGCUAUCCGAAGAUCUGAAGGAUUAGGAAACCGACCUCCCCUGCCGCUCUUUUCCCUGCAAGAAAACUGCAAUCAGUUCAAUCUCUCGAGUUCUUAUUUGGAAUCCAGACGUUAAUCGCUGCUCUCUUCAAAUAAGAAAGUCGGUUUUAAUUAUAUCUGAUUCGUGGAUCUGAGGCUCUGAAACUAAUGCCGCCGUCGCCGGUCGAACCAAACGGGGAACCUGCAGCUGUUGCUGUUCCCGGCGGGACAGCAAGUGGCAGCGGCGGUAGCGGUGGAGGCGCCGGUGGAGGAACAGGAGGUACUGCAGAUUCGCAGAGAUCUCUUCCCACUCCUUUUCUCACCAAAACUUACCAGCUCGUGGACGAUCCGGCCGUCGAUGAUAUGAUUUCGUGGAGCGAUGACGGAUCCGCGUUCAUCGUCUGGCGCCCCGCCGAGUUCGCCAGAGACCUGCUGCCUAAGUACUUCAAACACAACAAUUUCUCAAGCUUCGUUCGCCAGCUGAAUACAUACGGAUUCAGGAAAGUGGUGCCGGACCGAUGGGAAUUCGCCAACGAUUGCUUCAAGAGAGGGGAGAAAGCUCUUCUUCGAGACAUCCAGCGCCGUAAAAUCGCCGUCGCUGCUGCUGCUGCCUCCCCGACCGCCGCUGUGACGGUGGCCGCAGUUCCGGUUAGGAUGAUCUCCCCUUCCAAUUCCGGAGAGGAGCAGGUGAUUUCAUCCACUUCCUCCCCUGCCGCGAACGCAAUCCUGCGGACGACGAGCUGCACGACUACGCCGGAGCUUCUAGAGGAGAACGAACGAUUGAGGAAGGAGAACGCGCAGCUGAGCCAGGAGCUGACUCAAUUGAGGGGCCUCUGCAACAAUAUUGUCUCGCUGAUGACGAAUUACGCCUCCUCCGGCCAGGCCAACGGCAGUGUGAGCGACAACAAUCAAACCCCAUCGGAAGGGAAGCCUCUGGAUUUAAUGCCCGCAACGACGGCAACGGCCGCGACGAUGCCAGAUGAGCCUGCUGUCGGUGGCGUGUCGAAGCUGGCAGAUCCGAGCCCGAUGCUGUUCGGAGUGUCGAUCGGCGUCAAGCGGAUGAGGAGAGAUGAGGAAGAGACUGUGGCAGCGGCGGAGGACGAGGCUUUGGCUGAGGCAGAGGUGGAGGAAGGAGAAGACGACGAACGACGGGGGAGGAAUCCGAUGCGGCGAGAGGAUAAGGAGGGAGGAUCGGACGUGAAAUCGGAGCCGUUGGAUAGGAAUAACACGGGAAGCUCUGAUCAUCAUCAGGAUUCAUCGUGGUUGGAGCUGGGGAAAUGAAUCAAAACUGAUCAAUCAUGGAUUUUGGAGUUGGUUUCUCUCCCUUCCAGACGGCGCCGUUUCGGGAUCGUCGUGGUGGAACGAACGAGGCUUCGAGCUGGUGAGGGAAGGCACGUGUUACGGAUGGUCGACGCGUGUGAGGGGAAGAUGAUGAAGGCCGCACUCAGAUCCGUUGUGGGUUUACUUCGAGAAGUUGCAGUUUGUCCGUUUUGGGGAAAAGUGGGGAAGGAAAGGGAAGUCGCCAUCUGUGAACUGUGGAAGUGAGAAUCACAGCUCGGUUAAAAGUUGGGGGGGACAAGAUCGAGAUUCAAAGGAGAAAGAAUCUUUGUGGGGCUGCGGCCUGGGAAGAACAUAAUAGAGAAGCGUCGGCGCCGUUGCAUGACUGCAAAUGUAAAGUUUUCCUCGCUGGCCGUUGCCGGCCGGCGGGUGGUAAAUUUUGUUUGUUUAGAUGAGGCUUGAUUGUGGGAAUUAAGGGUGGCCAAUUACGUGCUUAGAGCGGAAAGAACAGGGGAAUGGGCUAAAAGGCUCGGAGUGGGUUGCCAUGAAGUUAUUAUUGGUCAAGACUGCCUAAUUGGAGCCUAAUUGGAGAAAAUUAAGUCUGUAAUUUAAUAAUAACUGAAGGUUAUAAUAAUAUAUAAAUGUUAUAAAAAAGAGCGGCAUAGUCUGACACGGUUUAAAGUCCAAAAUCGAGGGCUGCAGCCCUGGGUGGCAAUUGAUUGGCAAACCUCCUCCCUCAGGUGGCCGUGGGAGUAGGAUCGAUAUGUGCUAUAGUAGUUUGACCC